CAAUAUAAAUGCCCUUUAUUAUUACCUUACAUUUGACCGUAGAGCCAAACUUCGAUUUAUGUAUUUGGCGUCGUGUUGAUCUCAACCACCAACUAAGCUGCCUUACGCAUGGCGAAAAUGAACAAUGUUAGGGCUUUCUUCUUCGCUCUCCUCCUCCUCGCUUCUCCUCUCUUUCAAGUGACUAGGUGUCAGUCAGAUUCUGAUGCAGAAGUCACCGAGGCUGCUGAAGAAGUCAGCGAUCUUGGUAUUGUUGGCGAAGAUGCCCAAUAUUUUGGUGAUGGAAGUUUUAGCCCUGCUCCGGGAGUUGAUACAGUCUGUGUUUUCCCAAAAAACAGUGCACGUUUGGUGCCAGCUGGUGAAGAUACUGAACUACUCGUUGGACUCAAGAAUGAUGGGGAGUCAAGCAUAAAUAUCAUUGCAAUUAAGGCCAGCGUUCAUCUUCCUUUUGAUCAUCGUCUACUGGUUCAAAAUCUCACUGCUCAGGCCUUCAACAAUGCAACUGUUCCUGUCUCAACACAGGCAACUUUCCCUUAUAUUUUUUCUGUCAGCAAGUACUUGCAGCCUGGAAGCUUUGAUCUUGUGGGCACCAUUUUUUAUGAGAUGGACCAGCAUCCAUACCAGAGCACCUUCUACAAUGGUACCAUUGAAGUUUUUGAGUCUGGUGGCUUCCUCAGUAUUGAGUCAGUUUUUCUUGUUACCCUUGGAAUUGCCCUUCUUGGACUCCUUGGUCUAUGGAUUCAUGGUCAAAUACAGAACCUUUCUAAGAAAACGAAGAGGGCUCCAAAGGUGGAAGUUGGAACUGGGACUAGGGAUGCCUCAAUGGAUGAAUGGCUACAGGGAACUGCAUACACUCAGUCAUUAUCCAGCAAAUCUAAGAAGAAGAAGUAAUAUGUUGGUGGCCUACUCAGCUGCCCAAGGCAAGGCACUGCACGGACUUGUAACUCGCGUAGGAUAUUGGAGAGCUCGUAAGUUGAUCUAGUUACUGAAAUCUAGUCCAGAAAGGAAUAUGUUUCGCUGUUGUAGCAUGUGAAAGAAAUUUGUUUACAUUUUUUUGAAAAAAAAUCGAGAAUUUUGGAAGUUGAGCCUUUUUGAGGAUGACUAACACUCAUUUGAGGUAGGACGAAGGAUAUGAUUUUCUUGAACCUUAUAUGAAUUUAUCAUUUCACA